AUGGGUCUGGCGGGCCACUGCCUCCGCCAACCGGAGCUAGCAGCUCAUGACACCAUCCUGUGGGAGCCGACUCAUGGAACUGCCAGGAAGGGGCGGAGACAAACCAUGAACAUCGACACGCUGCGGCGGGACGUUGGUCUCAGUGACACGGGGGAGCUGAGGAUCCUAAUAACAAUAAUGAUAAUAAUUUGGGAGGCUAAUCAUCCAUACUCGCAGCCGAAAAGAACAAAUCAGUCAUUUUGUCAAUGCUUUACUCUGGUUUUUGUUCUUGGUUUCCUAGAUGAUGCAGAUUACGUCAGCACAUAUUACUUCGGGGACUACCUGAUGAUGGCAGACUCCUUCUCUUAUGCCGUGAAGGAGGGAGCAUUGGAAGGCACGGCCAUUUUCUCUGUCUCCAAGGGUGACUGCAUCCCUACCAGCGUCACGUUCAUGGGUGCACAGCAAGGAACACCAGUCCUUGAGGUCGCUGGCUUUGUCAACUACACCUAUGGAAUCCAAAACCCUGCCAAGUACUUCACCAUUCCUGACUACUGCUCUCAGCAGGCGUCCAGUCCAGAACCCAGGCAGUACAACUCGUUCAUCCACCGAUUCUUUUGAACGUGAAGGAGCAAGUUACGUUCAUUCCCCCCCCCCCCCCCCGAAAGCCUGAUUUUAAGAAACCGAGAAUGGGCAGUUUAACAAGCGAAUAUUUUGGAGUUUAUAAAACCAUCCAUCUCCCAUCCGUCUCCUAUUUGUAUAUUUUGCACUUUUACCUACAGUGGGAUUUGUAGUAUAGUACAUGUAUAGGCCAAAUGCAGUUGUGAUUGUCUUGAUUUUUCGACAAUGAAUUUGUUAACUUUUCCACUUUGCAAAUAUUGCAAACAUUGCAGAGAAAAAGAGUCUUACCUCAGUCAUGACUACAUGUAGGUUUGUUUUGAAAAUCUCACAUACACCCAAUAUUUGUAAUCAUAGCAUAUUUGGUGAUACAGUAAUUUUGUGCAUGUACAUCAGACUAUCUGUAAUUGAGGGUUUAAAAAAAAAAUGAUUUUCAUAUACUAUAAAACAUUGUUGGUAUUUUGUAUCAGUAACUUUUAAAGUGUCUUUUUGGUAUGUGAUUGGAUAUAUACUCAAGUUUUCAAAGGAAUCUAAACAUCACGUUUUAAAAGUAUUGGACACCAUCUGCAAAAAAAUCUGGAGCUUUUUGAGAAAAUUCAAGGAACAACGUUAUAAAACUGAAGCAGGUAAUUAAAAAAUUAACCCGUCUAAAAUUUAGCUCAUUAGAUAUCGCACUUUUUGUGACAAUUUCGAAAACGCAUCUUCAUUUCUCUAAAAGCAAAGCAUAGGUUUCCAUUGUCAGUGAUGUGGUUUGGUCCUAACCAUCGCAAGAAAAUGAUGGUAAUUUUUUUUUUUUUUCCAAAAUUACAGCAUGCCAAGUAUUUCACAGGAGGCUUGAUCCUAUUAUUUAUUACAACCAAGUUAGAUAUUUCAUGAUAUUUUGACAGUUUCACUUUUGACCGUUUGCAAGUGGUGUUCACUACCUUUAAUGUAGCAAUAUUGCAAAUCUCACUCAAGUACUAAUUUGUACCCUUUUUUUUUUAAACAAUACAGCAUAUAACGAAUAAAAAAGACAUCUUGAUAAAA